AUGGUCAAGAAAAUAACAAAAUUUAAUACCAUUGCUCACUUUAAAGGAAAUUACACUGAUAAAAAUAAAGAAGAGGCGAAAGAAAGGAGACGUUUAUCAUUGGAAGAAGAAAGUGAUGAUUUUUUAUUCUUUAUGAAAUUUACUAGUCAAAAAAGGAAACAACUUAACCAAGUGAGGUUAAGAGUAGAACCAGAUUCUGUUGAGUGUUUAAACUUGAUUUCUUAUCCUAUUUUUAACCAAAAAGUCAAAAUUUCUCUCGCUGAUUUAGAAACCACCAAUUACCAAUAUUUUUAUACUUGUUCUUUACAUUCUAAUGGUUGUCUAAAACCUGAAAAAUUUGCUGAGAUUCGCCAAGUGUUUAAAGGGAUCUGA